ACAGUAGCUCUGAACCGUUUAAUCCGACGCGGUUUGUAAAAUCUUAAGAAAAUUCAAACGCAUUGAGCUAUUUGUUAUGUGCUCCAAUAGUUCAAUAUUUAGAAUAUACCCAAUUUUACUGUUUUGUAAACAAAUAUUACUGUUUUGGAGUAUUAAUAUUUUAUUAAAGGAAAUUAUUAAAUUAUAAUAAAACCUGUAAAUGCACCUUAUGGUAUUUAUCUACAAUAUAAAAUCGCCAUGUUGUCACGUUUUAUGCAUCGACGAUUAUGCCAAAUGAGACCAUCUAACUUUGUACAUGUCACAAAAAGUUUUAAUCGACAAACAAAAACUUCUAAAAGUCUUUUUAAGCGAAAUGAUAUUGAAGUUGGUGAAGCUGAAAGUAUCACUUCAAGUUUUGGAGUUAAAAGCCUCAUUAAACCAUUUUUGUUCACAGUAUCUUUUAGUGGAUGUAGCUUCCUAGCAGCUUCUAUCUGGCAAUAUGAAGAAAUGAGAAAAAUAGCUCAUCACUUCAUGAAUAAACACUCUCCAACCUUUGAAUCCUAUGUCAACAUCCCUGCUUUUAAACGCUCAGAGAUUAGAAGAAAGAUACACUUUUGGUGGCAUUCUCAUACUGAAGGGCAGAAAAUUGCCAUGGGGAUAGCAGCUGCCAAUUUUUGCGUGUUUCUCAUGUGGCGUGUUCCAGCUCUCUAUCCUUUUAUGAGAAAAUAUUUCUGUGCUAGUCCAGCUUUAGGUGCAUCCUGUUUACCAAUGGUAUUAUCAACUUUCAGCCAUUUUUCAUUCUUCCAUUUUGCUGCUAAUAUGUAUGUUUUAUACAGCUUCUCAACAACAGCUGUGUCAUAUUUUGGAAAAGAACAAUUUUUAGCAGUAUAUUGUAGUGCAGGUGUAAUCUCAUCAUUUACUAGCUAUGUGUACAAGAUUGCAUCUGGAAGACUGGUUACAUCUUUAGGAGCUUCAGGUGCUUUGAUGGCAAUUUUAUCAUCCAUGUGCUUCCGUUACCCCGACAUACCUCUUCAAAUUAUUUUCCUGCCUUUUUUCACCUUCUCAGCUGGUCAUGCUAUUAAGGCUAUAAUGGCUUUGGAUGUGGUCGGUUUAGUAGCAAAAUGGAAAUUAUUUGAUCAUGCAGCUCAUUUAGGUGGUGCAUUAUUUGGAAUUUUGUAUCUGACUUAUGGUAAUGAAUAUAUAUGGGGUAGAAGAGAAUAUAUAUUUAAGUGGUAUCAUAGUAUAAGAGAAAAAUGAAUACAGAGAUGGAAAUAUUGCAGUAUAAUCAAGGAGCUGUAAAUUCAAACUUGGACUGUUUACAAUAGAAUUACUCCAACAGUACUGUGAUAUUUGUAACAUAUUUAUCUUAUAGGUUUAUUUAAAAAUAAUAAACAAUUUUAUAUUAUUUA